UGAUCUGCAUAGCUGAGAUAUUCUUCUAAAAAUCUUCGUGUGGUUUCUGCAGAAAAAAGAAUGUAAAUGAUGAAAGAAAUUUCAUUUUUGGGUGAAUUAUACCUUUCUAUAUAUCUUUGUCUAAAUAAAUCAUCAAUUGGAUGAGGCUGGACAAAAGUGGAAGCGAAGUUUUGCGCCCCUCCGUAGAGAUGCUCACAGCUGAACUCCAGUGGCAGCCUCAGUAACACACGUCCCCUUGGAGACUAAAGCAACACGUGAUGCGUCGACUUGUCACGUUCACUGAGCAGCGCUCAGGAACACACUUUGAGGAAAAAGUGACUUUUCUGACCCUCACUCGUCGGAAGUGUCGAUGGACAUCAUUCAUUUAGGGAGCUAAAGCAAGUGAGCGAUGUAAAGUCUCCAAUUGGCGAACUCUGCACAUCCUCAAAUACGCCAUUUUGAUCGCUCUCCGGAACAAGUUUGCAGUUUUUUUUCGAAGUCCAUCAUCUCUUUUCACCAUCACCAUGUCUCAACGCAAUCUGCCCAACCCCGACAAAGUCAAACUAUGAGCAGAGGUUGCUUUCCCUCGUCCUGUGCCCGUGAUCCUGUGGCUCCAUGACCCUGUGACGUGUUUAGCCCAGACCUUAAAAUGGACAUGGAGCGUGCCUCCCCUGAUAAGAAUGUCAGUGAUGGUGUUGGUGCUGUUGACAUAAAUGAACAAUCUCAAUUGUCAGAAGAGGCAGUGAAGAAUCAGCCCUCCACAGUUCUUCCUGAACCUGUAGAAGUUAAUCUAAAGAGGGAAGCAGACUAUGAUAGAAUGGACAAACAAGCACAUGUGGCAGAAGAAGAUGAAGGUGGAGUAAGGCCAGAAGUGGGGCUGUCCUCCAUCAACUCUAUGAUGAGCACUGUGAUGAAUGUGGGCCAGAUCAAUUCUGACUCCAUGAAAGCAUCUCCCAGUAUAACCAGCAAAUCGCCCUUAAUCAGUCGUACUGGGAGAAGAAAUCAGGAAGUCAAAGAAGAACACUCAAAAUUCAUUUGCCCUCUGUGUAACAAAAACUGCAUGACACAGCACCAACUCACAAUGCAUAUCAGACAGCAUAAUACAGACAGUGGAGGCACUGAUCACUCCUGCAGUAUCUGCGGGAAGGCUCUGAGCUCGGCCAGCUCUUUGGACCGCCACAUGCUGGUACACAGUGGAGAAAGGCCAUACAAGUGUGGAAUAUGUUGCCAGACCUUCACCACCAAUGGAAAUAUGCACAGGCACAUAAAAAUUCAUGUAAAGGAUGCAAAUGGUAUUUCUACGCCCAGUCUUUCUCCAAUAAACAAGCGCCGUCGACUCUCUACUAAGAGAAAGCCUAGUGUGGAGGAUGAAGGGGAGCAGGCUGAUGAGCCACCAAAUAAAAAGGAGAUGUUGAUGCAAAAGGCUGAUGAGCCUUGUUCAGUCAAGAGUGAAGAAGAGCUCCUUCAUUGCCCCAUCUGCUUUAAGACAUUCAUCUGUAAAUAUGGUUUAGAUACCCACAUGGAGACACAUCCUGACACUACCCUUAGGUGUAACAUUUGUUGGAUCACCUUUCGCACACACCGCGCUCUUCUUCGCCAUAAUACCAGCGUUCAUAAGCAGCUGCCGACAGACCCCACUGGACGACCCUUUAUUCAGAGUAACCCCUCCAUCCCAUUGGGUUUUGGUGACUUGGCUUUCAUUGACUUCAGCUGUGACAAAUUUCCCCAAAUUGCACAGGUCUGGUGUGAGACUAACUUGCGACGAAGUGCUAGCAAGUUCCAUAGAUUUGUCUGUGAGGCCUGCAACAAGGCCUUCCCUCUUCAGCAGUCUCUGGAUCUUCACAAAUCCUCCCAUAAAAGCAGUGCAAACACCAACACUGAACCUCAGGAACAAAACACAAAUGCUGUUAUAGAUGCCCCCAAAGUAAAAUCCCAUUCCUUGGAUUCAAAGGAGGUCAAUGAACCAGUACGACAAGAUGAUACUACCAAUUUCGAUGAGAAGAACAGUUUCAUGGAGUAUCUGGGUCUUCAACACUUUUCCAUGGCCAAGCGAGAGAGAUCUAUAGAGGAAAUCCAGCAAGAGACUUUAGACAGCAUCCGUUUCAUUCGUAUUGAGCCACCUUCAACAAAUCUACCUCAAGAAGCCAGCAAUAGUCUCGGUCUCUCGAUUUUAGACACUGUCUCUCUUCAAAGCAUGAACAAGAACACUGCCCUCAACCUCCUUUCACUACAACCCCUUCAAGGUGUUGUCAGCAGCGGUAUGUUUGUCCCAAUAAGUGGUGAAGCUGUGGUGGAGAUGACUGACAUUGAACAAAUCCUUAAAAUUUCUGCCAUUGUGCCUCCUCAGAUGUCUUUGCUUCCCAAAGGUCAGGCCAGUCCUAUACUGGUGGACCCCAAACAGAUUUCCUCCCUGAAACCGAAGACCUUAAUCACUCCUCGAUCCAGCAUGGGUGCCUCCACACCGCCUCCACCUGUCAUGAACGCCCAGCAGGCCUCUUCGGGCAACAUCAGUCCAAGCCUUCCACCCCAGAUGGGUCAACAGCUGAGAACUUCCAGACAAUCUUCAGCAUCCUCUUCUUCCUCAACCUCAUCUCACACGAAAUGGGAGACUACUCAUCUGGGGCAAGAUGUCAUAGGAAGCACGAUUAUCUCAUAUGACAAAGCAACUGGAAAUAUCAAGAAAGAGGAGUUUGACGGUAAGGACAAGGAAUUGAGAGUUUUGAGCAAGAAGACCACCAAGAGAGAGUACCCUUGUCGGUUCUGCAAAGAAGUCUUUUCCUUCUUAGGGGGCCUCCAGGCUCAUAUGCGUCAUCAUCUGGGAGCUUCACCAUAUCAGUGCACCAUUUGCAGCUAUGCAGCUCCAGACAAAGCAACACUGAUUCGGCAUCUCAGAAAACAUAGUGGUGAACGCCCAUUCAUUUGUCGCCUCUGUCACUACCCUUUCACUGUAAAGGCCAACUGUGAGCGCCAUUUACGCAAGAAACACAUGAAGAACACGCGCAAAGAGAUCGAGAAGAACAUUGAGUAUGUAACAACCUCCUCUACUGUAAGUAGUGUAUUUGGCGGUGCUAAACUAGACCUACUAGAUAGUGCUGGUACUUGUAACGCAUCUUGUCGUUAUUGUGGGGAGGACCUUAAGAACUACCGAGCCCUUCAGAUUCAUCUGCGAACACACAAUGGGUGUCAAAGGAAGCCGUUUGAGUGUCGGCAGUGUGGUGUGGCGUUCCUUGCUAAAAGGAACUGCAUUCACCAUUUGCUGAAGCAGCACCCGGAGGUUCCAGAAAGGGAAAUUGAAGAGCACAUCAAAAGUCUUCUACCUGUUGAAGGAUAUGCCACUGCUCAGGCCAACCCUCCAACCUCAAAUUGGCUGGUUAAUAGCACUGUUCCUCAGAAUGUAGGCCCUUUCUCUGGAACAGUUAACCAAAACCAGCCCUUGGAUUUCUCUUGCAAAUCUAAAAUAAUUAUAGGCUCAGAUGUUAAGCUGGAAGAAACUGCAUCCCCUCUGCUUAAUAAUUGCUCUAUGGAGCCAAUUGAUCUCUCUAUGCGUAAGGAUCUGGAGAAAAAGAGAAUAAUGAAAGGACUUGCAUCCCAUAAUCAUCAAGUUGUUAAGAAAGAACAGUCCUCCCCAAGCACAGAAACUACUCCUGGACUUCUUGCUACUCUCCCUGUCCCCAUUUCUAGUCUGGCCUCAGCUCUAUCCAGUGACCUACCCAAGCCUUUUACACACCUGAAGCCACUGCUACCAAAACCAUCUUCUGAAAUGCAACCACUGGCCUCCAUUGCUCAGAUUAUCUCCUCUGUCUCAGCUACUCCAGUGCUGAUUGAAACAGGAAUGGAUGCUAAGAACAGUGUUAGUGCUAUGGUUUUCAAUACAUUAAAUGACAAGAAGUGCACCGUCAUUCCAGAUUCCACUCCAAAUGGUUCAUCUCCUGAUAACUCAAAGAGGAGAGGCAAGAAGAGACUAUUUCAGGAAGAGAUCUGUGAUCCAAAAUCUGCAACAGGCAGUGGCAUAGACCUGGAUUCAAGUGGAGAGUUCCCCAGUGUGGAGAAAAUGCUAGCCACUACUGAUACAAAUAAAUUUAGCCCCUACUUGCAAACCAGUCAGAUGGAGCCAGUGAAGGAGGAGAAAGAGAAGCAGUCCAUCAGUGAGGAGGUGAAGGAAGGUGGAGAGGACAAGCCAAAGAAAUCUCUGCAAAACAAAGGAAAGAAAAAUGCCUAUUCCAAUUCAGUGCAGAAAAUGACAUGUCCUUACUGCCCACGUCUGUUCCCCUGGGCCAGCUCAUUGCAAAGGCAUAUGCUAACCCAUACAGGCCAGAAGCCAUACCCUUGUCCGCAGUGUGAGUCUUUCUUCUCCACCAAGUCAAACUGUGAACGCCACCUGCUCCGCAAACAUGGAACGUCUAAUCGAGGACUUCAACAGAGUGGGUCUCGACCCAGACCUAAGGCUGAUGAAGGAUCACAAGGAAGCACAGGUACCUAUGAGAGUAUGUCUGACACUGACUCUCUUUUCACUGGAGACAUUAUGGAUCUGUGCUCUAUCAACUCCAAAAGGGAGGAGAACUCUUCGUCCCCAGAACAAGCACCAGAACAAACUGGACAAUCAGCCACUGAACAAACAGAUAGCACCAGAGAUACAAAUCAAAAACAGAAAAUAGAAAAUGAUGACGACACUCAAAGCAACAAAAGUCUCGAUAUGAACCUCGCUAGCAAGCUUGUAGAAUUCAAACUUUCUGGAGGGGAUCAGCACCAGCGUAAAUCAGCUGAAACUGUUGCAGAACCAGUCGGUGUGCCAGAGGAGUUCCCCCACACCUGUGCUACCUGCAAGAAGACCUUUCGUCAUGCAGCCACUCUCAGCCGGCACCAGAAAACUCAUGUUCAUGAGUUGCAGCCACAAGAUGGAGGAAAGAAGGGAAGACGUCAUCCUACUGAAUCCAACCAAACCAAAAUCACAGCACCUACAAAAGAGAUGGAGCAAGAGACAAAGUUAGAAGCUGUUGAAAAAGAGGAGAACAGCAGCUUUGUGGAAAGUGGUACAGAGGAGGAGAAGGAGAAAGACAGGGAAGAGAUGAGUGAUGAUGAGGAAGAGGGUGGUUCCUCAGAGCAUAGAGCUUUGGAAGAGGAGAGUGACUCAGCUGGAGGCAAAACUGACAAGAGAAAGAAGAUCUGUGCUGUGUGCAGCAAACGCUUUUGGAGCCUGCAAGACUUGACCAGACAUAUGCGGUCACAUACAGGUGAGAGACCUUAUAAGUGCCAAACCUGUGAUCGCACAUUCACCCUGAAACACAGUCUGGUGAGGCACCAACGUGUCCACCAGAAACCAACAGAUGAAAAAGGGACUGAGGCGGAAAAUAAUGAUGAAACAGAUGGAGCAAAAGAUGAUAUUGGAGUGCUGGAAGGAAACGAGGUCAGGUGUUCAUCGGGAGGUGAAAGUGAAGCAACUUCCCCAAUCCAGACUGAGAAUGAAUGUGAGAGAGCAGAGGUUCCCCAAACAGAAGAGAGUGAAGGACAUAAAGUGGAGAAGCAACAUGCUGAAGAUAUAGACAUGAAGUUAGGUUCUGCUGAAAAAUCUCACAAAGAACCUCGGCUAGAUAGAGCUGAACAGGAUGAACCUCAAAAGGACGAACCUUCAACUUGUGCUGCCUCAGUUGAGGCCCAAUCAGGCUUUGAUCCAGAAUCUGCAAAAAUCAGUUUGUACAGCCGAAUUGAGGCUCAGGAAAUUGCAGAGAAGCCUGUUCUGUGAAGACUAGCCCCUUCACUUUGUUGAUUUUGUGCGAUAGAUUAUCAAGCUUCCACAAAACACUAGGAGUUGCAAAGUCUGGUCUCUGCCAGUAUUUGUCUUAUACUGUAUGCAUAGAAGAUGCAACUGUGAUUCUUUUCUCAAUGCCUUAAUUAUUUUCUUUUUCUAAAGAUUUAGAUCAACACAACUGGACGGUAACAGUUUUAAUCAUAUUUAUACUAUUUUUUUUUUUUAAACUAAUGAAAUAGACUUUAUACCAUUAUAAAUAAGAGAAACAUUUGUAUGAUGAUCAGAAGAUAUAUAUAUAUAUAUAUAUCUGCCUUAAAAUGUAUUAUUCUUAAGUACAUUUCUAUUUGUUUUUAGUUUCUGUGAGGAGUGAGGUUUUUUCCUCUCUUUUUGUCUUGUUGAAUUUAAGAUCUGAAAUCAUUGUCACUAUCAUGAUUGGCUGAUUGCAUUUUGAUUAAAAGAAAUUCUGCUUAGUGGUUCUGUUUAGCUUUCUAUUUUAUUUUGGGUGAUUAAUUGUUCAAUCUUUUAUUGGCAAUAUUUGCCUAUUCUUUGUAUAUUCUUUAUCUUUGAGCCCCAUUGACAAAUGUUGCAGACGUGUGUACAAAUCGCUGAAAGUCUUGUUAAAGCACCUUCUGGUGGUGAAGACUGUGAAUUAUUAUAUUGGAAGGCUGGUGGAUCAGAGAAAAAGAGUGCUUCUGAGAUUCACACAAUAUGUAUUUAAUGUCUGUGUGAUUCUGAGUAUGUUUUAUGUAUCUUUAAAGUGCUAUUUGUUUUUGCCUUUUUGGAUUUUGUGUUUGUACUGGAAAUCUCUCUAUAGUUCACCCUGACUGUUUGACACUGGUGUUCACACUAAACUGUAACAUGAAAAUUGGAGCUCAAAUAACAUGAACUUAAAUUAGCUGCCCUGGGAAAGUCUUGUGUAGAGGUGGUGUCAUUUUCCCCUCAAACAAAAACACUUAUUACAAUUUUUUACAAUAGUUGUAACUUUGAUAACCCCUGAACUCCAUUCAGUACUUCAUUUGUGUUGUCUAUCUGUGUCCUCUGAUUGGCAAAAUAAUUGCUAAUAUUCAUUCAUUUUGAAAACUUAGCCUCUGGUAUUUAAAAGCAAUGUUUAACUUUGUAAAUGAGAAGAUCUCUAAAUUUUGUUAAAACAUGUUUCCUUUCACUGUUUCUUAUUUUUUGUUUAAUGACUUAUGUGCCUGAAUGUGUACAAGUGUGUGUGUGUGUGUGUGUGUGUGUGUGUGUGUGUGUGUGUGUGUGUGUGUUUGGGUGUGUGCACAGUUAUCAAUUAUGAAAAACACUGAACAUUUUAUGCAGGUAUUUAUUUGAUCAAUCUAAAUUGAGUGGUCAUACUUUUGAGAAGCCAUAUAGAAUCCAAUUUGUGCCGCAAGGAGAAUCAAAAAUUAUUAUCCGUUGUAGAACUUCUUUUCCAUAGUGAAGUUCUCUAAGUUUUUCAGAUAUGUUGUGGAUUCAGAUUUUGACGCUUUGGAUAAUUACGAUUUUUGUAUGUCACUUUAAUUAGUCAUGUGAUGAAACUUUCAACCAAUGCAACUAUCCAUUCAUUUGAGAGCAUUGGACCAUAGAGUGUAAUUUUGUUGGGUUUGACAUUAUGAUUAUGAAAUUAGUGAUUUUGCAUGUUAAUGUAAAUUUUUUUAAUUUCUCAGCUAUUCUCUUUCUCAGGGGCUUUUCAAAAACUGCAUUUUCUAAGUAAAAAAUUGAUAAUCGUUUCUGUGGUAAACAGAAUAAUCACUACAAUUUAGUGCAUUUUACUGAAUUUGGUCAAAAUGCUUGGGCUUAAUUUUGUCUUCUAUUGACUUAUGUUAAUGUCAAACAUUUCCUGUUAGAAAUUUCUGUAUUUGGCCUGUCACCAUCACUGACCAUGUUUGUCCAAUGGAUUACAAAUGUCAAAUUAAUUCAGAUGAAUAUUUUGCUUACUUGCUGAUCAAACUCCUUAAAGUGUAUGAAUCAUCCAAUCAAUAAAUGUACACUAAGAGU